CCCACCGAUCAGGUUGACGGUGUCUUUAGUUAGUUGGCAUGUCGACGUGAGCGUUUAGCUGAAACUGUUUUUAUAUCCAUGUGGUAUCAUUGUAGUUCUGAUCGUAGUCAAUGCAAACAUUGACUUUCUGCAGGCAGAAGAAAACGUGGGCGGAUCAAAUGUUUAAUGCAAACAAGCCAAGAGAACCUCACGGCUACACGUGUUGACUCUUCCAACCUCCGACUCGCCUCGUUGUUCACACCCAGUCGUCCUUCAACCUUGCAAAUGUUUCUGCAAUGAGAGUGAUGUCCGGGGGGCCCUGCAGGAAUCCACCACGGGCCUCUUACGUAGCCAGUACAGCGUGCGGCCAAAGUCGGCGUCCCUCCUCCUCCUCCUAUGGUCACCUGACCCCUUGUUAUUGUUCCCCUGCAUACCUGUCAUAGCUGCCGUCUAGCCACGCAAGGAGGGGGAGGUGGUGGGGGAGGAAAUGCACUACAACCUCCAGACAUACCAGUGCAUCUGUGCUGCUGUUUUUAUGAAUCAACUCACUGUGGCCCGGUGUCUAAUCUGCGUGUGUAUUUUUUUUUCUCAGGGUGAUUAUGCUGCCCCACGUGGUUAGGCUCGCACCAGCGAGCUGUCAGGAGUGUCCUCCUUCCGCCUAGGACAUGGUUUAACCCACGCACGACCCCGGUCACCGCGAUGGCCUCCAUGGUUGCCAAUGGAAACCCCGACGGGCAGUCGCUGGUCUUAAAAGGGGUGGAUCCGGAGACCUGCAUGAUCGUGUUCAAGAACCACUGGUCUCAGGUGGUGAAGAUCCUAGAGAAGCACGACCCCCUGCGCAGCAGCUCCACCCUGUCCUCCCUCAGUGUCAUCCACCUCAGCUCCGGCUCGAGCGGGGCCCCUCGCUUCGGCCCCAUCCCCGGAGACGAGGCGAGCGCCGUGCAGAACUACGUGGAGCACAUGCUCUUCCUUCUGAUGGAGGAGGAGAGCGGUCAGGUCGGCGCCAUGGGCCCCAUCCUGGAGUUCGUGGUGCUGGAGAACGUCAUGGAGCGCCUCUUCGUGUGGAGCCUCCGCCGGGAGUUCACGGACGACAUGAAGCUGGAGCAGCUCAAGAUGUACGAGAUGCUGGUGGGCCAGGCCCGCCAGCCCCUGCUGCACCACAAGCCCAUCCUGCGGCCGCUCAUGAUGCUGCUGUCGUCCUGCUCGGGCGCCGCGGCGCCGCGGGUCGAGGCCGAGCUGGUGCUGCUGCUCAACCAGCUGUGCUGCGUGCUGGCAAAGGACCCCUCCAUCCUGGAGCUGUUUUUCCACACCAGCGAGGACCAGGGAGCCACCAACUUCCUCAUCUUCUCCCUGCUCAUCCCCUUCAUCCACAGGGAGGGCACGGUGGGCCAGCAAGCCAGAGACGCCCUGCUGCUCAUCAUGUCGCUGUCGGCUGAGAACGAGCGAGUGGCCAAACACGUGGCGCAGAACACCUACUUCUGUCCGGUUCUGGCCACCGGGCUGAGCGGCCUGUACUCGUCCCUGCCCACCAAGCUGGAGGUUCCCAGUGCAGAAUGGCACUGCCUGCACAAACAGGACUGGCUCCAGAUGCCGUCCCUCGUCCAGUUUCUCAACUCGCUGGAGUUCUGCAACGCUGUGAUUCAGGUGGCCCACCCGGAUAUCAGAGACCAGCUGGUUAGCUACAUCUACAACGGAUUCCUCGUGCCUGUCCUAGCACCUGCUCUGCACAAGUUCACCCUGGAAGAGGUGAUGACCACCACAGCAUACCUCGACCUCUUCCUCAGGACCGCGUCUGAGCCGGCGCUGCUGCAGACUUUCCUCUCUUUCAUCCUGCUGCACCGGCACGAGAGCGUCCACAUUUUGGACACUCUGGUCAGCCGCAUCAACACGCCGUUCCAGUUGGGCACUGUGUCUCUGGCACUUUUCCGUACUCUCAUUGGCUUAUACUGUGAAGAUGUGAUGCUGCAGCUCAUAUUGAGGUACCUGAUCCCUUGUAAUCACAUGAUGUUGAGUCAGAGGCGCGUUGUCGGGGAGAGGGACUGCUACUCUGUGUCAGCGGCCAAGAUCCUGGCGCUGACGCCGUCCUGCUGCUCCCCCGACCGCAGCCCCCCGCCACUCCGACAGCUGGAGUCCAUCCUCUUCUCCAAAGGUUCCAAGACUCCCAACAGCACCAGCGCCUCGGAGGAGACGGAGAGUUUCUCCGAGGACGACGACGGCGCGGGCCACUCCUGCACCAUCGGCUCCGAGGUCUUCCUGGACGUCAGUUAUCUGCAUUACCUCUACGACGCCCGCCGCAGCAUCGGCGGCUGCACGCAGGCCUGCCGGGUUUGGUCGGCUCCGUACGACGGCGAGGACCCCCCCCCCGAGAGUUACCGACCCGGCGUCCCGGUGGAGCCCGGCCCGAAGGGCUGGCAGGCCCAGGCGGCCGCAAGGCGCGCCCCGCGGCCGCCGGCGCCUCACCCCCGCGCCCCUCCGCCCCCCGGGGCCGAGCCCCCCGCCGUCGGCCCGCAGGAGCUGGAGUGGGACGACAGCUACGACGCGUGCCCGGUGCAGAGCGAGGUCGCCGCCCCCCCCGCCGCGGAGGCCGAGCGCCCCGACGAGCCGCCGGCGCACAUCCAGGAGAUGAGGAAGACGGCCACCAUGCUGGUACGGGGCGCGUACGUCGAGGAGAGCGAGUUCCAGGACGACGUCAUGGUGUACGACCUCGUCGCCAAGAAGGUCACCAGAGAUGCCGAGGGCGGCAAGCGGAGCCAGCCGGGAGCAGCGGCGGUCCAGCUGAAAAACGGACUCAGUUUGACACUUCCGCCCUCCGCGAUUGCGGAUAGAAACCCCGCGGACGCAGAGUCCAAAGGUGACGCGGCGUAUAAUUCCCACGAGUUGGGCCGUGACCUGCUGGCUCAGUAUGAGGAGCUCAUUCGUACGUUGGACACCAAAACGGAGGGGAAACCGGUCAGAGCCGAUGGCGAGUCGAAGAAGCCCGUCACACCUGCACAGGCGAAGGAGGAGGACGAGGACGAGAAGGAGGACGAGGAGGAGGAGAUGGAUUUCAGCUCUUUCUCCCCCGAGACACCGGAGCCGGAGAAAGUGGAUUCACCAUUCGGGGCCAAAUUUGUCGGCGGGGUUGCGGCGAGAAAGCAGUCGGCGCCUUUUACCGGUCCGUUCGUCAGCGUGCUGCUGUCCCGCCUGGAGAACAUGGCGAGCAACUCGCUCCACGUCAACCUGCUGCUGACGGGCAUCCUGGCCCAGUUGGCGGCCUACCCUCAGCCCCUCCUGCGCUCCUUCCUUCUCAACACAAACUUGGUCUUUCAGCCCACCGUUCGCUCCCUCUACCAGGUCCUGGCCACCGUGAAGAACCAGAUAGAGGAGCAGGCUGCCACCAGGAAGGACUUCCCACAGCUGAUCACUGCCGCACAGCACUGGCUGCUGGCCAGGGAGACUUCCUCUGUAGCUGCAGGCGAAAGCGGAAGCUCCGCCCACGGCGAGGCGGGAUGCGCGUUGACGAGCUCGCCGCCGCCGAAGCCCAAAGCCAUCUCUCUGGAUCGGACGGAGGUCUUCGCCGCGGUCCUCUUCACGGAGUUCCUCAAGGAGCUGGCCGCCAUUGCACAGGAGCACUCCGUCCUAUCGUACAUUCCCAUGGAAGAGUGAUCGCGUCCCAGCAGACUCCACUUCAACACCCCCCCCCCCCCCGAGAGACUGAUAGAGACUUUUUAUUUUUUCCAGCAAUGCCUUUUUGGACUUAUUCAGGCAAUAUUUAAUGAAGAAAGCCGAUCCAUUAAUGUACACAACUAUUUAAAAAAAAACAAAAAAUCCCAAGAAAAGAUAAUCAAUCAAUCUUUCUGGUCUUCAAAGUUCUGUUUGAGGGCCGAGAAGGAGGCGUAACCUUUGGGCUGCUCCAGGUCCACUAACCAAAGAUUCUAUCAAUCCUCAGGGCCUUAUCUGAAAGGACUCUGAACGUCGCUGCUCCGUGAGGUUCUGCUCAAUCCUCAGGGUUCGGAGAGUUGCUGCCUCCUCAGAAAGCAGAUCCGAGCCCCACGUGGAGCCGGCGCCGCGUUCAGAGGGCGGGCCUUUGAAUGUUUCUGAACUUUGGUGUUUCCACGAAUUUUUGUGUGUUUUUUAGAUUUGUUUUUCCUUUUCAUUCAUGGCGGUACCUCAGGUGUCUUUUUUUUUUUUUUUUUUUUUUUUACUGCACGUUCUCAAUCAGCCUUUGGGUGAAGCGUUUUUUCUACAUUGCACUAGUUUCUCGCCUCAUCUCCAGACUGGGCCUCCGAAACCAGCAUUGUCCUUGCUUUAUUUAAUUUGCCUUAUUUUAGUAAUGCUUUGUGAUGUACAAAAAGGUCUAAUGACACGGGACACUAUGCAAAUCAAGGGUAUUUGGGGUAUAAUUACAUAUUCUCAGAAGGGGAAGGGCUAUUUAAGAGUUUCUAUUGCCAUAUAUUUUUUCACGUGGUGACACUACAGACUAGUUUUCAUGGUUUGUCAUCAUUUUCUAUUUAGGGGUUGUGUAGGGUUUUGUAGUUGUAAACUGUCUCGUAUCACUGCUAGAAGAGUCGUAGUUUUGCAUCUGUGGAAAAGUGUCUCUCGUUGUAACGGUUACGGGGGGCGGGACUGUUGAGCAUCGCCUUUAUUUUAGUCCUGGUAUUUUAAAGGGUCGUUAAUAUCCGACAGAUACAUUCUGUUACAAAUAAUGCCUGUUCUGUCUAAACAAAUGUACCAAGACGGAUAUAUUUCAAUUUUUAUAAUAAUAAUUAGUUCACAUUAAUGCCUGAUUUCAAAUGGGUUUUCACAGGAACAUUAUUUCAUUUGAAGCUGUAUAUUAUCAAAAGUGCGACAUUCAACAUAUUUUGUUUUGUUUCAUUAUUCCUUCACAGAAGGAAAAAAUGAGAUUUUCUUUUUUCAAACUACUUUUCUAGGAGUGAAAAAAAAUCUCCAUCCAUUCACAACACGACAUAAAUAAGUCUCGGAAAUAUGAAAAUAUAAUAUAUUAUAAUUCAAUUGAAAUGCAGACACAUAUCAGAAAUGAUUAGAGCGCUUUAUUCACAGCUCCAUUAUCACUGAGAUAAUGGAGCACUAAAUCUAACACAGUAAAUUAUAAGGACAUGUGUUUGUUUUAUAAAACUCAUCUUAAGUGUCUUGUUAAUAAGACAAAGAACUGAGUUCAACACGAUUCUUCAAUCUGGAUAAUGUGUUUAUUCUCCCGUUUUCAAUCCAUUCAGUUUUUACUUGCGAUAUAUCAUGCAGUUAGAUUUCUUUCUGUACUCGUAUAGUUUGAAAAGGCCUUGGAAUCGUAAUAUUUGCAUCAAUCACAGGCAUUUUCAGACUGGUUCAAUAAGUAUUUUUCUCUGGUAAGAGAAUGUUGCUGAGCGCUGUCACUAAAGACUCGUCUACCAGCAGAUUCAUUCAGCACCUUGUGGAAUAAAGACGGGAAUCAUUACCAAGAACUUUCUUUUUAUUCCAUAGAUUUGACCUUUUUACACCAUUUGGCCUCAGUUUUCUGCCCAAUAUAUAUAUAUAUAUAUAUAUAUGAAAUCAACUUCUGGUAAAUAAAAACUGGAUGCACAUAUUUUGUUGACAUGUGUCAACUUACGCAA